AUGAUUAUGCUUUGUUUAACCUUCACAGCAAUACUUGUGUAUGUUGACGAUCUAGUGCUUGCUGGAAAUUGUUUAGAGGAGAUUAACAGGAUCAAUAAGGUACUUGAUGAUGCAUUCAGAAUUAAGGAUAUAGGAAAACUAAAGUACUUCAUUGGGAUGGAAGUGGCACGCAGCAGCAAAGGCAUUGCACUGUACCACCGCAAAUACGUUCUAGACUUGCUCUCUGAAUAUGACAUGACCAAUGCCAAGCCUGUCACCACAUCCAUGGAUUAUUCAACCAAACUUUCCAAAGAUUGUGCUGCACCAUUCCAAGAUAUUUUCCUCUGUCGAAGACUCGUCGACCGCUUACUAUAUCUGACCAACACGAGGCUUGAUAUUAGUUUUGCCGUUGGGAAGCUGAGUCAAUGCCUCGACUGUUCCACCAUUUCUCACCACCAAGCUGUGCUUCGCGUAUUGAAAUACCUUAGGCUUGUCCCUGCCCGAGGUCUAUUUUUUCUUACAUCUUUCGAUUUGUGCCCAACUACAUACUCUGACUCAGACUGGGCUGGCUGUCUAGACACACGGCGAUUAGUUACGGGGACAUGUUUCUUUUUGGGAUCGUCUCUUGUCUUUUGGAAGAGCAAGAAACAAGUGACCGUGUCCUGCUCCUCCUCUGAGGCAGAAUACAACCAUACAAGGCACUAG